UUCAACAUGGCUGGCAAAAUGUCCGUCGGCGACAAAGUGAAGCGAAUAUUUUCCUCUCUACUUCAUAAAGCGGCUGCAAAUAAAACUGACGAUGUUGUGAAGUCUCAAACUGACACGAAAAAUGACAAUGAUUCCAAUGGAAAGAGAACACAGACUGAAGAUGUGAAGAUCAACCUGAGAAGUAGAGAAGCCUUUUUUCAAAGAAUUGGAACAUUUUCUACUCUGACAUGGUUUGCCAAGCCACGGGCCCUGUUGCCGCCCUGCUGUGCCCGGUACGGAUGGGAGAACACCGAUACCGAUAUCCUCCGAUGUACCAGCUGCCAUGCUAUCUUAUGCGGGAAACUUAUAGAGACAAACAAUGCAGAGAAAUUUGGCGAACAUGUAAAACGACUUGAAGACAGCCUCAUCUCAUCGCAUCAGAAACAUUGCUCGUGGAAGCUGAACCCCAACCCGGAAUCAUUCAUGCAGCUCGAGUUCUCAGACAGAGUCGAAUCAUUACAGGGUUACCUGGCACGGUUGGAGAGCGUGCUAAGCCUCGGGAAACAACUGCCGCAGAUUGACACAUCAUUUUUAGAGGACUUUGACACCGAUCGUGCCUUUGACCUCCUUGGAGGUUUAAAAAAAGAUAAGUCAGAAUCAGGUUUAUAUAUCGACCAUUUAAUCGAGCAAUCGACCUGUGUCAUUGCUCUCUGUGGGUGGACGAAGAUUGCAUCCAGCUCGGCUGCUACGGUUACUUGUACCUUCUGUCAGAGACAGAUAGGAAUGUGGAAUUUUACAGAUAUUGAAGGUCAAGGCCAAAACCAAGGGAACAAGGAGAGUCAAGGUCACUUGAAGGAGGCCACAUCAGACUGUGAGCAGCAGCCAAGGUUGGAAGGCGACUGGGAACCAGCACAGAAGAAAAUGAAAACACAGCACAUUCCAAAGAAAGUGCCUUUCAACCCACUAACACAACACAAACCUUGGUGCCAGUGGAUCGUCUCAACAACGGAAUUUCAAAAGUCACCAUCCAAGACACCGGGAUGGAGACGGCUCUUGCUGCUCCUCAUUCCUGACAUCAGCCCAGGCGCCCAGAGACCCGUACAGAGAAUCAUUGGAAAUAUCAAAACGACUCCGCCACAUCAAGGAUUGAAGAACAUCCGUCAGAUGUUUAAAGAUUGGUCAUCGCUGCCAAAGUUUUCUCCCUGAUGACAUUUCCUCUCCGAGACAAUUCCAAUUUUAGCCAAGUUAUUCCAGUGUUUUGUUUGAGGAGUAUUUUCUGAGUUGUGCAGCUCAGAUAUACACCCAAGACAAAGGUCUAGUGUUUCAGCGAUAAAAGGCUUGUGGAAAAAGGCAGGGUGCAGUGCCCUCUUUAGCUGAACACAAUGGACUUCUCUCGUCAUUGCAAUGUACCUUAGGUAAUCUGUAAUGGAAUGUAAGAGGAAACUAGAGUCAGUCACAUAAGAAACAAGUUGGACCAGGAAUCAAUAAGCCACCAAUGUGGUGACAGAUGCUCAUCUUCAUUUUAGACAUGUAUAGUCUGGCCCAGUGUGCUACUGACUGCCAUAUGUUCGUUUAUUGGAGGCUGAACGACCAAGUGAGACUUGUUCAUUUUAUAUCAUUUGUUAUGUUAUUCUUGCACAAUGAAGUCACUGCCAAAUGGAACAUGUUCAAAUGUCGAAUGCCAUAAUGUGCAUAUUGUUGCAUAAAUCAUUACAAUUUUUAUUAAUUGUCUGUGUGGCAAUGAAAUAAACUUAUA